CCUUUGUUGCUACUCGGACCUUAAUGUGUGUUGCAACGUUGUCGGUUCCGGUGUGUGAGGACACGUCACUGCUUUGACUGAGGAAGAGGGGCCAGGUUGGAGUCUUUUUGUACACUUCAGACGCAGAAACCAUGUCAAACUCAGUCAUCUCCGUUAUCUCCCGGUUUCUGGAGGAGUACACCACCACGACGCCCAACAAGCUGAAGGUGGUGGACGCGUAUCUGCUCUACAUCCUGCUGACCGGGGCGCUGCAGUUCCUCUACUGUCUGCUCGUCGGAACCUUCCCCUUCAACAGCUUUCUGUCUGGAUUCAUCUCCUGCGUGGGCUCCUUCAUCCUCGCAGUGUGUCUUCGUAUCCAGAUCAACCCACAGAACAAAGGAGACUUCCUGUCCAUCUCCCCCGAACGAGCCUUCGCUGACUUUCUAUUUGCUCACACCGUCCUUCAUCUGGUCGUGAUGAACUUCAUUGGCUGAACCAGGAUCUGUGUCCGCCUGGUGUUGCUCUGCCGCCUCACAGAAGAUCACAUCAGCGGGAGUUAUUAAAAAGAAAUCCCUGAAAGGACGUGAUGCCUUGUCGGUUUUUUGUGCCGCUGAAUUGGACUGUCCCAUCGCACCACAAACACUGAAUCACAUGUAAUUUGUCUUGGAACAGCGCAGUAUCUUUUUUUUUUUUCUUUUUUUUUUUUACUGGCCAAAUGCUAAAUUCUUUUUUCAUUUUUUUUUAAGUUGAAAGUUUGUGAAGCAUUCCACUUUUGCACUGACAGAAUUAAAAAUACCUGUAAAAGUGG